GUGGGUGCCACGCGAUUCAACUUCACUCCUUCGCCUCACUGCAUCGUGCUCGAAUUCUCCGGCAUCCCGGUCUUUCAUGUCUAUCUGCCUUGCAGUGUGCCACCCCUGGCAUCACCGAAGUCGCCAUACGAGCGCGGCUAUUGUAAUCGAAGGCGAGCGUCUGAGAUGGCCAUGUGCUCGCCCCAUUCACACUUUGAACUUCGCUCUAGCCUUCUCGUCCUUCCCUGUCCCGGCUCUAGUCCCCUUCUCUCCUCCCCUUCGGUUGUUUAUGUUUAUUAUACACCCUCUGGAUCCACUGCCGCACAAUUUCCUCAAUACUGUACCCUCCUGUUGUCCCCCUUUCCCCGGCCGGUUGCUGUCAGAACUCCACUUGGUCGGCUGAUGUAUCAAUAGUGGAAGAGUGAGUGGGUGAAUUGAAUCAAUGGGAUUUUACUGUACAUGGUAGUCACCGACUUCACGACCAUGGACAAUUCAUGCUUGACAUUCACGAUCACGGCUCUCAUUGCAGCCCAAUCCAGUCGCCAACUCCACAAUCCGCUCCUUUCCGUCCACUCUCCGUCUACGGGUGCUUCGAAAAUCCCUCUACAGACCCUUCCUCGCCUUCGGAAGCACCCCUUUCAUGUCAGCCUCCUGUACCACAAUUUGUGCGACAUUGGACACGGCCCUGUUCCUUGUCAGACCUGUACUGCUCCAUCCACCCACCCGAGCUUGCGGUCUCCGGUCUCCCUCGACCAGCUCGACCCUUGUGUAUAUUCCAGUUGGUGGGAGUCCGCGGGCCACCUGAACCUUGCAUUUGACAUCGCCGUCCUCUGGAUGCCCAAGAAAUACAAGGCCUGCUUCAAGACAUUGCCCCUGUCCGGUCCGGUCAUCUGACUAUCAAACAUCCACCUUUGGGAUUCAGGCUGCUGUCGGUACCGAUCAGUGUCACCUUUUCUAUACGUCGUCGUGUUUCCAUUUUUCUUGACCGCUUUGUCCUUUUACCAAUCUCCCACUGGCCUGGCCCACCCGGAACCGCCGACAUUACGGCUGACACGGCUUCUAGCUCGCCUUCCGCCCGUCCACUUCCCCGGUGGCUCCAGCAUCUGCCCGCCUCAGUGUCGGAGGUACCAAAUCGUUCAGAGUUCCCAGACACCAAUGCCUCAACAGCAAGGCGCGUGCGUGCCGCAUUGACCAUAGGUACUACUACAGUAGUCCGCGCUGUCAGGCUCCGACUUUACCCAACGGAUGUCUUCCGCGCGUCUUUUUGACUGGCUGCGAGUGACCGCCUCGAUCCUCAUUUUCCCUUUCGAUCCUGUGAGAGGCCGUCUAUAAACGCGCCAUCCGCCUGGUGCACAGCCAAGUUCGCGUCCAGAACCUUGAACACCUGCAGCCGUUUCCGUCAGUUGCAAUCCAUCCGCCAUCGGGCCCGGAGAGCGCCAGAGCUACUGCUGUGGUACUAGUCUGUAGGGUCUUCCGAUCGCACGCACAAUCUGGACCACCAACCAAUCCACCCGUUGGCGGCAUAGGGUCAAACCCAACAACAACAAUAAUAAAACCCACUUGUUCGCCUCGCGUCGCCUUUUUCCAGAGCUAUACCAACCGUGUCGCUGCUCCAUCCCCGGAUUUUGCACUUCGCCUCCUCUAAGAUCCAAUGUGCUGCUGCUAGCGCCCGCCCAUCGUCACCCGGGUGAGAGUUCGGUCGGGACGAUCGUUCCUUCCUGAAAGUGCGCCCAUAUUGGUGCUUUGUCUGGCAGUGGGUGAGCAGUUGGCGCAGAACUUGAAGGACAUGUUGGGGUCAUUCCAGGUUUCCCACGUUGACCAGCGGUUUUGUGGAGUUGGAGGAGAGCAACCUUGUUGACCGCCGAUGUCAUGACGGCCCCUCUGCCCGAGGGUCUCGUUGAUCUGACAUUCGCCUCUGAGCAGUCUUCUUCUGCCGACCUCAGUUUCGAAGUCAGCAACUCAGAUGUCAUCCACAAGUUUUGGAAAGUCUUUGACGCUCAAAGUAAUGUCACUUCGGACCAUGCCAGUCCAAGAGUACGAAACCUCUUCUGGAGGAUUUGGAGCAGCCCUAAGCUUUGUCAAUCCAUAACAAGCGAUCUCUUGCUCCGGCUAUGGCGCCAAUGCAGUGAAGAUACUGUCUUGCACCCCGUUGGGACGCUUCCACCACUGCCUCAGAGAUCAUCGCCGCCUCAGGACGCACACACCAGAGGGCCAGAACGACUGAGGUCGUCUUCUCUCUCACCCACCUCUCGAGCCUCCCUGGCUUCAGAUACAAGCACUCCAUCCGCAUGGAGUGUCGGGGCCUCGCUCCCGGAUUCUAGUCUUCGUGCCACAGGCCCCGGUACAUCUAGAGAGGACCAUGGCGCUUCACGCGACCGAAGUGAGGAGACUGGUCUGUUCCCAAACCCCGGCACCUCAACCGCGUCGGUCCCCGCCAUUGCAGCCGGCUCAGCCACUCCGCCUUCUUCGAGCCGAGCUACAAGCAGUGGACGCGCGAGACCGCCUGUGCAGGUUACCCCUGCGAAAUCACGGGCACGCCCACAUGUUCCCCGGCGGAGAUCCGGCACACCAAAAUCGCCUUCUGGCCCGAGCACUGAGAAAUCCCCUAAAGGUGGUUUGGAGGAGAUGAGUGGUGCUUUGAGAAGCGCUGGAGCUCCUGCGGGACCUUAUCCCCAUGCCCGAGGUCCGCCUCCAGGAUUAGCCCCAGUUCCUGCAAUGACGGGCGACUCGGGUUUCGCGCUCCCGUCGGCUUCGUCUUGGCAAAGUGUGGAUUCAAUGAACGAACAUCCCAUGGCCAUGGGCACAGCUGCUUCCCCGCCCGCCUCUUCAGGACUGGUGGACAGAGACUUCCGAGGCAGGUUCGUGGAGACACAGAAGAAACUCGCCAGCUCCACCAAUCUAGCCGCUCUGGGACGGAUAAAGAAAACUGGAAGUGUUGUCCGCUUCGCCGAUGAAAUCCCGCACGACUUGCGCAAAGGUAAAGAAAAAGAGAUCCCACCGGAUGACAGCGCGGGCCCGUCACGGCUUAAGUCCAGUUUAUCCAGUCGUGUACACGCAAAUGACGAUGACAGUCAUACUGAGAACGUGGGACUUCCUCGAACGAAAAGUCAGUUGAGCCUCUUGAUCAAACAGGAACGUGACGCGACAGGAAGCCAUGAACUAGGGCCAGGAGCGGGGCCGACAAAUCGAAACGUGAAAAGUAAAGGGAAGGAGAAGGAAAACACCAGAUCAAAUGAGCAAGAACUGUUGUCGAUGGGCCAACAGGGCGGAGUGACCAAAGCUGGCGGAGUGCAGGUCCCCGAACAGCAGAGAUUAAGCGAGCAUCAUGAUCCCCGCUAUGAGUCCUCAUCAAGUCCGGAGCCGUUGUUCUGAAGAUCACCCACUAGCUGCCGGGGAACCAUGGAGUGUCCAGCUGCGGUACCUAGGUAUGGGCCUACACCACGUUGUGCUAUUAUAUAAAUAUUAUGACGAAACGGCCGCAGAGGGGAGUUAUACAAGCCACGAGUGCCUAGGUUACUGUAUUUCUAGCUUCAUGAUGAUAGAAUUCAUACACGAGUACUCGACGCAAAGGUUUGUGGCUUUUACUUAUAGAAGGCUCGGGUUUAGUGCAGAAAUCAAGCAUUACCACACACAGCUUCUCCUGAAAUGAAGCUGUAACCACG